AUGGUAGACAGGGAUCCAGGUACACCUACCUGGAAGUUCACACAAUGCUUUGGUGACAAGGGCGACGUGGAAGAUAUCACAGAAGCGGAUAUCAUUUCUACUGUCGAGUUCGAUCAUACCGGAAACUAUCUUGCUACAGGAGAUAAGGGUGGGAGAGUAGUAUUGUUUGAGCGGAAUGAGACGAAAAAAACAUGCGAGUAUAAAUUUCACACCGAGUUCCAGUCCCACGAGCCAGAAUUCGACUAUCUCAAAUCACUAGAGAUCGAGGAGAAGAUCAACAAGAUUAAGUGGUGCAGACGAUCAAACUCGUCUCAUUUUCUUCUCUCGACAAAUGACAAAACGAUAAAGCUCUGGAAGGUGUUCGACAAGUCGUUGAAGGUCGUUGCGGAAAAUAACCUCUCGACUGAGCUUACGCCCGCAGGCGUGGGGGUGGAGGGGCGCCUCGCGCCCCUCGUUUUUGUGGCAGCCGUGCCUCGAAGGACGUAUGCAAACGCACACGCAUACCACAUAAACAGCAUCUCCGUCAACAGCGACGGGGAAACCUUUAUUAGUAGUGAUGACCUCCGAAUUAAUUUGUGGAACCUUAAUAUUCAAGACCAGAGUUUCAACAUUGUCGACAUUAAACCCGCAAACAUGGAGGAGUUGACGGAAGUGAUUACGGCUGCGGAAUUCCACCCGACCAGCUGCAAUUGGUUUAUGUACGCCAGCUCGAAAGGCACAAUCAAGCUUGCCGACAUGCGACAGCGGGCCCUGUGUGAUGAACACCAUAAACUAUUCGAACAAGAGGAGGAUGCCUCCUCCCGCUCAUUCUUCUCCGAGAUUAUCUCUUCGAUUUCCGACGUACGGUUUUCGCAUGAUGGUCGCUAUAUUGUGUCGAGGGACUACCUCACUGUUAAGAUCUGGGAUGUUAACAUGGAGCGCCAACCAGUGAAGACGAUUCCCAUCCACGAACAUUUGCGGCCACGCCUGUGUGACACUUAUGAGAAUGACAGUAUCUUCGAUAAGUUCGAAGUGGUCUUCUCGGGAGACGCGGAGAAUGUCAUGACUGGAAGUUACAACAACAACUUUAUGAUCUACCCCACCGAUCCUGCCAAGGAGACCGAGAUUGUGCUGCAGGCGGAUAAAUCGGCGUUUAAAGCAAAGAAGGUUGGAGUGCCAACGCCGAUGAACAAGGGUGCCAAUGGCAAGAAGGGAAAUAGCCGAGCUGGAAGCCCUGGUGGUCCUGGCAGCCGGAUGAAGAAGGAGACUGAUGCAGAUCAGAUCGACUUUAACAAGAAGAUCUUACACAUGAGCUGGCAUCCUUAUGAGGAUAGUAUUGCUAUUGCUGCUACUAACAACCUUUUCGUUUUCUCCGCAUUGUAA